AUGCAGUAUCAAAAGCAUAGAAAAGAAGCUAAAGAUUGCACACUUUUCUUUGAUUGUUCAGAAGUUUACCCAAACAGUUAUAGGACUCCGUCAGCGAAAUGUUUGUGGAAAUCAAAAAAGGACUUUCAUAAAAUGUCAAAGAAGUCUUCGAAUGGAGAACCAAUGACCCCUCUACCUGGGGAGAUGAUCGGCCUGCGGCAACAAUGCCAGAUUGCAUUUAGUCCCCAUUAUGGAGUGUGUCCGCUCGUAUUUGGUUAUAAAAUAAAUGAAUUAAGAGCAAGGACUACUUCCGAAGCGUUGAUAUUUGUCACCGAAUUUGGUGUAAGGACCGCAGCAAGAAGAGAUCUGAGCCAU